CCACAAUAGAAACCCCAUACCCAGUCAAGGAUGAGGAGGAGAAUGCCAUGCAUAACACAGUGGUCAUAUUUUCCAGCAAUGACAGUUUCACGCUCAAACAGGACAUGUGUGUGGUGUGUGGGAGUUUUGGCCUUGGUGCAGAGGGCCGUCUUUUGGCCUGCGCUCAGUGUGGCCAGUGUUAUCAUCCGUUCUGUGUUGGCAUAAAGUUCAACAAGGUGGUGCUGAGUAAAGGCUGGCGUUGUCUGGAGUGUACUGUGUGUGAAGCCUGUGGUCAGGCCACAGAUCCUGGCCGCUUGCUGCUGUGUGACGACUGUGACAUCAGCUAUCACACUUACUGCCUGGACCCUCCACUGCAGAACGUGCCCAAGGACAGCUGGAAGUGCAAAUGGUGUGUGUCCUGCACCCAGUGUGGCGCCACCACCCCGGGCCUAAGGUGUGAGUGGCAGAAUAAUUACACUCAGUGUGCCCCCUGUGCCAGCCUUGCAACAUGCCCCAUCUGCCUGCUGGACUACAGUGAAGGCACCGUGAUUGUGCAAUGUCGCCAAUGUGACAGAUGGUUCCAUGCAUCCUGUCAGGGUCUCCAUUCAGACGAUGAUGUAGAAAAAGCUGCAGACAGUUGCUUCGACUGCACGAUGUGCCGGUCUUUCAAAAACACUAAAGUUGUGACCAAGGCCAGAGACACCAUUGAGCCUGUACUUAUGACGCAGAUUGUCACAAAGGCUAAAGAAAUGGAUCUGUCGAGGACCUACACCCAGGAUGGUGUUUGUUUGACAGAGUCGGGGCUUUGCCAGCUCCAGAGCUUGUCUGCUACAGCGUCACGGCGCAGGAAACCCAAGCCUAAACUGAAGCUAAAGAUUAUUAACCAGAAUAGUGUGGCGGUGCUUCAGGCUGCUGUAGACCCCCUCUCAGAGCUCUCUCGUGAUGAAGACAUCGAGGACAACAGAGAGGCGGAGCUCCUAGAUUGCGAGGCGAAGUCUGACUCCAGCAUGGAGAGAGAGCCAGCAGAAGAGGACUCCAAGGGGGCCGACGGCAGCAAGAAGAGGAAGAGGAAACCGUACCGGCCGGGCAUUGGUGGGUUCAUGGUCCGCCAGAGGAGCCGUCCAGGUCAAGGUCCAGGCAAAGCCAAACGAUCCCUGAGCAGAAAGGAUUCCACUGGCUCCGUUUCAGAGAAUACCUUUGGAAAAGAUGAGGGAUGGUCAGAGGCUCUUCCUGAUACUCCUGUGGACGAGAUGCCCCCUGGACCAGAGGUCCCAGAAAAAAUAAAGAAGCGCUACAGGAAAAAGAAAACAAAACUGGAGGAAGCUUUUCCCGCCUACCUUCAGGAGGCGUUCUUCGGAAAGGACCUACUGGACAAAAGCAAGCAGAACAGGCACCAGGGGGGGGAAUCGGGCUUACUGGAAGAAGGGCAAAGCCAAGGGGAGAGGAAAAACCUCCCCACCAGCUUCCUGGACCCUUCGUCAGACUCUCUGCUCAGCGCCUCCGCAACAUCCCUUCAAACCAGACCACCAGCAGCAGCACAGACGUCUGAGGAACCAUUAGUUGAUCUUUCUGAUGUUCUGAACAGUGAUGCAGACAUCCUGGGAAUGCUCGGAAAAUCAAGCAGUGACUCUGGUCUUGAUUUUUGCCCCUUCCAGGUUGACAGCUCUCCUCCUUCUUUUGCUGGUCUGGACAUUGGGCCCCUGGCAGACGGCUCCCCAUUGAUGCUCCAGUCUCACGGCGGCCGCAGGACUCCUCGAUCCCUCCACGAGGAACACCUGGACGGUAUUCUCAGCCCGGAGCUGGACAAGAUGGUCACUGAUGAAUCAAUCCUCAGCAAACUUUACAAAAUUCCAGAGCUGGAGGGCAAAGACGUGGAGGAUCUCUUCACAGCAGUCCUUAGCCCCAGCACAAGCCAACCUCCUCCACCACAGUUGCCUCAUCCCCAGGGUCCAGGGCACCUCCCUGCCACACCUGGAACUAGUAUGCCUCACCCCAACACAGGGAAUCCCAUGUUCCCAAGGAUGCCAAUGAUCAAUGGUAUGAUGGGACCUAACCAACGCUUUCCUACAAAUCCAGGAGCAGGCCCCUGCAUCCCAGAUAAUUUCUCCCCCCUUAACCGUAUGCCUUUCGAUGACAAUCCAAGGGAUAGACAGUUUAAUCAGAUGCCUAGAGAGGCAGUUGAUCCAUGGUCCUCCCCUGCCCAUGGCUCCGGCCCUGCAACCCCUGGACCUCUACCUGAGGGGGAGACUGAAGCCAUGUCAAAUUCCCAAAGGAGUACACUCAAGUGGGAGAAGGAGGAGACACUUGGAGAGCUAGCCACUGUAGCACCCGUCCUAUACACCAAUGUUAAUUUUCCCAACCUAAAGGAAGAAUACCCAGACUGGUCUACAAGAGUAAAGCAAAUUGCUAAACUGUGGAGGAAAGCUAGUUCCCAAGACAGGGCCCCAUAUGUGCAAAAGGCAAGAGAUAACCGAGCAGCCCUGCGCAUCAACAAAGUCCAGAUGUCCAAUGAGACGGUGAAGAGGCACCAUCCCCAGCAACAGCCCCCUGAGGUGUUUGAUCCCAACAUACCACUAGACACAGAACUGCUGUUUAAAGACCCUUUGAAACCAAAAGAGUCAGAGCAUGAACAAGAGUGGAAGUUUAGACAGCAAAUGAGGCAGAAGAGCAAACAACAAGCCAAAAUUGAAGCAACUCAGAAACUGGAGCAAGUAAAGAAUGAGCAACUCCAGCAACAACAGCAGCAGCAGUUAGAUGGAGAAGGCAGCAACAGUGGAAACCAGAGCCCAGCCUCCCAGCCCAGCAAUGGGAGCAUGUCCCCCAUGCAGCCCCUCAAUUCUAAAGAUGGCUUUGCCAGACCGCAGCUACCAGGGACACCCACUUCAUGUGCCCCAGAGGAUGUGUUCCUACGACCCCCUCCUCCGCCUCCCUCUGGCUCUUGCUCCCAACCUCAGUCCCCUCAGGUAUUCUCCCCAGGUUCCUCCAGCUCCAGACCCUCUUCUCCAUGGGACCCAUAUGCCAAGAUGGUUGGAACCCCAAGGCCGCCAACUCUUGGGCCAAAUGCAUGUCGGAGAAUAUCUGUGGAAUCUGGUAAAUCCCCCACAAACUUCAUGGAGCAGCAGGACAGAGGGAGGCCCUCUCCUGCUCAUGAAUCCUUCGGCUCUCCAACAUCCAUGAGCAGUGACCCGUAUGCCAAACCUCCUGACACCCCAAGGCCAACGAGUGAAAUGGACCCUUUCCUGAAGCCCAUGGGUCCCCCCAGGGCUAGUCAGGCUCAGGGAAGGCCCCCAAUGGGUUCUCCAGGCAGAGACCCAUACUCAAGACCCAUGAUAAGGACUGAGGCCUAUCAGCGCAUGGCCCAGAACAGGAUGAUCUUGUCCGACCCUUACUCAAGGCCUUUGCUAACGCCAUUCCCUGGAAGUAAUGAGUCUGGCUCGGUCCCUCUGUUCAAAACACCCAUGCCCCCUCCUCAGGCUCAGGAUCCCUUCAACAGACCAGGUCAAAAUCCUAGUGACAGGUUCUCCCAGAAUCUGCAGAAUGACCCCUAUGCUCAGCAUCCGCACACCCCAAGACCGCCUGGGAGCGACAACUUCACCAGUCCUCCUAGAAUGGGCCAGCAUCACCCUCAGGGCCACCCGUUCGCUCAGCCAGGACCAAUGACCCAAAUGUCUAGAAAUCCUUAUGCCCAUGCACCUUCCACUCCAAGGCCUGACCACUUCACCUAUGACCCCUUUGCCCAGCCCUCCGGUCCCAUCAAGUCAGGCGGGGACCCUUUCUCUCAGUCAACAGGAAACCAACGAUCCAAUGAACUCAGUGGUCAACCUCGCCCAUUUUGUGAGCCCUACGCCCGACCUCCCGGCACUCCUCGUCCACAUGACAACUAUGGUCAACCUUCAAAUCACCAAUCCUCAGACCCUUACUCACAGGCUCCUUCUACUCCUCGCCCCAGUGGGAUGAACCAGUUCACCCAUCAGUCGCACCCUGGACAAAGGAUGUCACCCUCCCACUCGAUGGACCCUUAUGCUCAGCCACCAGGUACUCCACGACCCUCUAUGGGAGAGAGAUUUUCUAACCAGAGGGGGCCAAUGGAUCCAUUUACAAGUACACCAUCAAGGCCAGGAAGUAGCGACAUGUUUUCCCAGCCUGGGGCCCUCAGACCAAUGCUCAAUGACCCGUAUGCCCAACCUCCGGGGACCCCACGGCCUGGUCCUGAUGUGCUCAGCAGACAAGGGCCAAGGCAAGGACUAAUGGGAAGCCAGGAUAUGUUCCCCUCACCUCAAGGCAGACUUCAUGAGCCUUUCCAUCAUCCAGGCUCUCAAACACCGAAACACCCUGGUGUUUCAGAAGAUAGCUUUAUGCAGUCGCCCUCCAGAAGACCCAAUCAGACACCGAGCCACGAUCCAUAUGAGCAAACACCCAUGACACCUCGUCCACAGUCAAUGGAGAAAAUGGAAAUCAAAGAUCAGUCAUGUGUGGGAAACAACGGUACUGGCUCUCAAGAUCUAGGCCAACUCUCCAACAACCUACAUAUGCCUGGUGCUCCCAUUGAUGCUCAGGGUGUGGCUCUCGCUGAAAGUGAGGAGAGACUCCGACAGCGUCAAAGAAUUAGAGAACUAAUCCUCAAGCAGCAGCAACAUAGAAUUGCUAUUCGGCAGGAGAGGGGCCCUCAGGAUCCUAUUGGCAACAUGAACCCAGGAACACCACGUCCCUGGCCCCAGGAGGGCCAUGGGCAACAGGGGGAAAUGUUCAACCGACCUCCUCCUCCUUAUCCUGGACAGGGACCCAUGAGAGGGCCAAUGCGGUUUCCUGGACCUUUUCCAGGCGACCAGCGUGUCCCUUUCCCUAAUGAGGGACAACUCCCAAGGGGCCCACAUCCUGGAGAUCCUAAUAUUAGACAUCAGGGACCAAGGUUUGCAUUUCCACCCGGGGUUGUAGGACCACAUGGGGCCCAAGAGUUUUUUCCCAGGGGGCAACACCCAAUGCAGGAAAUCCCUCCCCUAAUGAGACGAUCCAUGUCUACUGAAAUGGCAAAGAGCAUGGGAGGCAACCCUAUGGGGCUGCCCCAGCACUUCCCACCACGUGGUAUGCCGGUGCAGCAGCACAAUAUCAUGGGCCAACCGUUCAUUGAGCUGCGACACAGAGCAGGAGAAAUCAGGCAACGCAUGCAAUAUCCCCCUGGAGCCAUGCAAGGAAGCAACAUGGAUCCCAUGAUGCAGGGUCAAAGGCUACCAGGCUUUCCAGGAGGACCUGAUUCCAGGUUCCCUUUAAAUCAGGGAACCAGAAUGUUAGACCCCAUGGCCAGCCACUCUGGCCAUGCACAGCUGUCUGCAAGCAUGGACAAUCUUCAUCAGCAUGCCCAAAUGUCAGGAAACCAAGCACUCAGACAAUCUCUUUUGAUGAGAUCCAUGAGCCAGCCUGCUUCAAAUGAGACCCUGAACAUGGCAGCAUCUAUGAUGCUGACUGCACCCCCUGCUGGGCAUUCUGAGGUUGCCUCAGCGUCAGGCAGUGAAAAUGAGGAGAAACUUGAUGCAGAAGAAUCAGCAGUCAAAGAUCUCGAGGACGUGGAAGUAAAAGACUUGGUAGAUGCUGACUUGGAAAACCUCAAUUUGGAUGCUGAUGAUGGCAAAGACCUAGAUCUAGAGACAAACGACCUACACCUUGAUGACUUCCUAACAUCUGGGAAAUUUGACAUCAUUGCAUAUACAGACCCUGACCUUGAUGACAUCAAGAAAGACCUGUUUAAUGAUGAACUGGAUCUCAGUGAUCCUAUGGAUGAUCAUGCUGACCACACAGACCUCAACAAAAACUCAAGGACAGGAACUGAGGCGUCAUCCAGUUCAGCAUCAUCAAAGUCAGAGGCUUCGGGUGAACAGUCCUCAGCUGAAAUCAAGCUGGAAGCUCCUGGGGGUAAGGACUUUGCUUCUUUGGCACCCGGGCAACAAAUUAAAACCGAGGUUAAGGACUGUAAGAAAUCCCCUGUUGCAGCAGACCAACAACCAACUGGAAACACCUUCCCCUCAAACCAGCAGGGAAUGCUCUCUGACUCCACCCCGGUCCUGUCUAGUUUACUCAUUAAGCAGCAGCCUGAGGAGCAGUCAUUAAAUCCAAUCGGUGAAUCUGUCAGUCAAGGAGAUAAACUCAUGCCCCAGCAGAACCAAGUCACUGACACUCAGCAUAACUCGGGACUGACAGAUCCCAACACUGAAGACGAAGAUUCUAUGAGUGAUUUUGGGCUGGAACACAGCGGUUUGACCCCAGCCCAGCAGGCAGCGUUGAACCAGGCUCUUGGUCAGCAAGGGCAGCUGCACCGUCCUCUUCUGCUAGAGGAGCAACCGCUCCUACUGCAGGACCUUCUGGACCAGGAGAGGCAGGAGCAACACCAGCAGAGACAGAUGCAAGCCAUGAUACGACAGCGUUCCAGCGACUCCUUCUUCCCUAACAUUGAUUUUGAUGCCAUCACUGACCCCAUCAUGAAAGCAAAAAUGGUGGCCCUGAAAGGCAUCAACAAAGUCAUGGUUCAGAACAACAUGGGAAUGACCCCAAUGGCCAUGAACAGAUUUCCUCCUGGUCCUGCACCACCUCCUGAAACACCACCACUUCCUCCACAAGUUCUUGGACAGGAUGGCAAAUUAACACAAGUAGCGAGACCGAAUCCUCCAAGCUUUGGACCAGGAUUUGUCAACAAUGCUCAGAGGGCUCAGUACGAGGAGUGGCUCCAGGAGACUCAGCAACUACUUCAAAUGCAGCAGAAGUUUCUGGAAGAGAAGAUUGGGGCUCACAGGAAGUCUAAGAAAGCCCUGUCUGCCAAGCAGAGAACAGCUAAGAAGGCAGGGAGAGAGUUCCCAGAGGAGGACACUGAGCAGCUCAAACAUGUCACAGAGCAGCAGGGUGUAGUGCAGAAACAACUGGAGCAGGUAAGGUCUAUCCUAGCCCUGCACAAUUGCUGCCCUUACACUUUGCCAUGUGUGUCCAAGGGCCUGGUCCCAAAGCCGCUGCAUGUCCCAUUCAGGACUGAGGAAGACCUUCUAGCCAGGGCCAUUGCUCAGGGGCCCAAAACUGUGGAUGUCCCAGCCUCCCUCCCCACCCCUCCUCACAACAACCAGGAGGAGCUCAGCAACAGAGGACAGGAGCCUUGCAAGGAAAGAGAUACUCCAGACAGUUUUGUUCCAUCCUCUUCUCCUGAAAGCGUUGUUGGCAUGGAGAUCAGUCGCUACCCUGACCUGUCUCUGGUGAAGGAGGAGCCUCUGUCCCCCUGCCUGUCGCCUGUCCUCCCCAUGCUUCCUGCUCCUGAUGGGAAAGGGUCAGAAAUCAAACUGCAGGUUGUCAAAACAGAGCCUUCUGCAAUGUUCUUCGGCUCCCCCUUUGGCUCCAUGUCUAAUGAUUCCAAACUAGGCCUGGUGUCUGUAUCCAUCACAAUGAGACCAGCUGCAGCAGAGAACAUCACAGGUGUCGUGGCAGCCAUUUCAGACCUCCUAGGCGUGAAGAUCCCCAGUAGCUACGAGGUCAGUAGCACCCCAGACAGAGGGCCCCUAUCUAUACUCGCUGGUCAAAGGAUGGGCCCCCACGGCAUGGAGCCUCGGCCUUCUAUGCUCUACCACGGACAGGGAGACAAUGGCGGAAUGCAAGGGCGCAUGGGACAUAUGAUGAGACACGGCGGACCUCAGGCCAUGAUGCAUCAGCAGCAGGCACAUCAUUUCCGUUUCCAUCCCAACAGCCCAGGCGCAGCUCUGGCUCGAGGACCUGACCAGAGGACGCCUGGCAGCCCUGGAUGUAGACCUCAUUGGUGCUGCAACUGUAAGGUGGUGGUUCUGGGAAAUAGAGUGCAGAAAUCCAUCAAAGAUCUCCCCGCCCACAUGAAGGAAUCUGGAGGCCGUUUUAAAUCUGAAGAUCUGGUCUUCUGCAGUCACAGCUGCUUCCUUCUCUACUGUUCCUCAACACCUGUGCAAUCCAGAUCAACCACAGAAACAAAGGAAUCAGUGUCCCUUCUCCCUUCCUGCGAGCAAUCGGAAAGCCUUUCUAAAACGUCCCACCAGUACAACAACAACAUGUCAUCGCUGGAUGUUCAUUGCCUGGCUCAGCUUCAGCCCAAGCAGUCUCCCCCCUCCACCCCUCCUAUUCCCUUCCCCAUGGCAGGCGGCACAUCCAAGAUGGAGAUGAAGUCCGAUGCCAUCAAAGUCACGGUGAAGCUAAAGGCUCGGCAGAGAUCUCAUGACGGCUGGCACCAGGGAAAGAGACAGAAAGGACUCCGCUGGAGGAAGUGGACGGUCCAGGUCGUAGUGCCUAGAGGGAAUUCCCAACUCACAGAUGAGGAUAAGAUCGACGAGCUCCUGAAGAAGCUCGGGGCCUCGCUGCGCCCUCCUGUCUCUCUGCGGGACCACCGGCGCUGCUGUUUCUGCCACCAGUUUGGAGACGGGAUCACCGACGGCCCUGCGCGACUUCUCAAUCUAGACCUGGAUGUGUGGGUUCACCUAAACUGUGCCCUUUGGUCGACGGAGGUGUACGAGACGCAGUCCGGGGCCCUCAUCAACGUGGAGCUCGCAAUGCGUCGGGGCCAAACGGUGCGCUGCGCCUACUGCCAGCAGAUCGGAGCCACGAGCGGCUGCAACCGCCUGCGCUGCACCAACGUCUACCACUUCACCUGCGCUCUGCAAGCUCACUGCACCUUCUUCAAGGACAAGACCAUGCUGUGCCACGCCCACAGGCCCCGGGGGACCGCCGGACAGGCGCUGGAUCACGAGCUGCGUUGUUUCGCUGUCUUCAGGCGCGUCUACGUGCAAAGAGACGAGGUGCGUCAGAUUGCCACGGCGGUACGGCAGCCCGAGUUGGGCUACACCUUCAGAGUGGGCAGCCUGGUGCUGCACGCCAUCGGCCAACUCACCCCUCUACAAAUGGCAGCCUUCCACUCCAACACAGCCAUCUUUCCAGUUGGCUACGAGACUUGCCGCAUCUACUGGAGCAUGCGUCAUGGCAACCACCGAUGCCGCUACGUCUGCUCUGUUGAGGACAGAGAGAAUGUUCCGGAGUUUUCCAUCAAAGUCAUCGAACAGGGCUACAAAGACCUGGUCCUGACUGACAGCUCUGCUAAAGGAGUGUGGGACAAAGUUCUGGGUCCUGUUUCAGAGAAGAGGAAUGAAGUAGGCACUCUGAAGCUCUUCCCUGUUUACCUGAAAGGAGAGGACUUGUUUGGCCUCACAGUCCCCGCAGUCACCAAGAUCUCUGAAUCGCUCCCAGGAGUGGAAGCUUGUGUCAGGUACUCGUUCCGUUACGGACGCCACCCUCUUGUGGAGCUGCCUCUCAUAUUCAAUCCAGCCGGCAGUGCUCGCGCGCAGCCGAGAACCAGCUCUCCCUUCAACUCGCUGGUGAUCAGGCCACAUGCGAUAGCUGUAUCCAGCAGCACUGCCCGGUCUAACCAGAAUGUGGCCCAAGGAGAAGGUGGCGCCCCCCCUAGCAAGACUGCAGUAAUGCACCCCAGGUCUUCUCAAUAUCGGUGGAUGAAGAGCGAGUGGAGAGCCAAUGUCUACCUGGCCCGCUCCCGCAUCCAGGGCCUGGGGCUGUUUGCUGCGAGAGACAUCGAAAAACAAACUAUGGUGAUCGAGUACAAUGGAACCGUCCUCCGAAAUGAGGUCGCCGUCAGCAAGGAGAAGAUCUACAAAUCCCAGAACCGAACAGUGUUCAUGUUCCGCAUCGACAGCGAACACGUUGUAGAUGCCACUCGAACUGGAGGGCUAGCAAGAUAUGUCAACCACUCUUGUGCCCCUAACUGUGUUGCUGAGGUGGUCACAUUUGAGCGGGGUUACAAAAUCAUCAUCAGCUGCAAUCGCAGAGUUGAAAAAGGAGAGGAGCUUUGUUUCGACUACCAGUUUGACACUGUGGCGGGUCAGAACAAGAUUGCUUGCCUCUGUGGAGCUCCCGAAUGCAGGAAGUGGAUUAACUGAGGAAACGACAAACUUAAAUGCAUUCCUUGCUAUAGAGUGGAUGCAGAGAAAAAAGGCUUCACAUUAAAGUCAUUUUAUGAAUGAGCAGAAGGCCUGAGCCCUGAGAGAGAUAAAUGAAUUCACAUGUGGGUUCAUGGAGACGACGGAGAGGAAAUCGGCCGGAGGAAGGGAGAUGUAACACAGUAGCAGGGUGUGACUCGUGCCAUAUGUGAGGGGCUCUGUUGUAUGAGAUGCCUCUGUGUGUCUGUAUGUGUCUGUGUGUCUGUUGGGUGUACAUGGGGUGCGGAAUCCACCAGCGAAUGAGAAAGCACUGUGCAGGGUGCGGCCUUAUUGCUUACUAAGGGCAGGCCCUUUUGUUUCAUACUGUCAAUGUAUACACCGUAUGACUAAAUGUAGACAUCACUGAAUGAGGAAUGUACAGCAACGAAUACCGCGAAGGGAAUAUUAACUUGCACUAAAAAAAGAAAAUAUACAAAAAAACACACACACCCGAAAACUUUUUAAAUACUUGAUUCCAUGAGUCAGUUUUAUCAUAGGUCUCUGUCAUGUGAUUUGUGUGGAAUUCGAGAGGUUUUGUAUUUAUUACUGAGUGAAUGAAUUUUAUUCUCAAAAUGAUGAGAUUGAGUUAAAGAAGGCUAGAUUACUUUUGUUUUUAAAGAUUGAGGAAGACAUGCUGUUACUAUUGUAUAAAUGUACAUAAAGAAAACUAUAGGAAUAACCGACCAAAUACUACCUUAACCUUCUCGAUGUUUGGGUGUUUUUAAAUUGUUUUUGUUCCGUUUGUCAUUGAAAUUUAUUUAAGAUGGAUGUUAUUUCAGUUUGAGAGUAUAUAUUAUGAUUAUUCUGUACAGAAUUUGUAAUAUAACCACAAUAAUUCACAAAGUAUUUUUGUUGUAUUAAAAGUAAGGUAUUGUAGCGUAGUGUUUUGUGACUUACACAUGCUUUGACCACUCAAAAAAAGAAAUAUUUUUGUUGACUAACGUAACGAGUUAUAAGUUACAGAAUCAAGAAAAGAAAGACUCUUCAAAUAGUGAGAGAUCAGUGUGAUCUGUUUGCUGUUAAUCAGGUUUGAUUUUAAAGAACUGUGAAUUAGGUUUUGAAACCCAAAAAUGACUUUUUAACUUUUUAACACGGAUAGAAACACCGACAUGUAUUUACCUGUUUUUUGUUUUUACAUUGCUUUUAAAAUAAGGUGCAAACGUCUAAUGAUAUUGUGAGUUAGACGAAACCAGUGUGACAGGAAGAAUCGUAACAGGGAACUGGUGUUUGGAACCGGAGGGUGUUCUACCUUUUUUUUGGACUGAAAUGGCAUUCUCCUUAAUCAGAAAUAUUUCUUAUACUGACACUUCACAAGUCACAUGCUUAGAAACGGAAGAGUUUUUGCGUGCACAAUUUCAAGUCGACUGUAAAAUUUUGAAGACAGUCUUAGAACUUGUAAUGUAUAUGGCAUGUAUUUUUUUAACUUUCCGAAGACUCAAUUGUAUAUAUUUUCUCAAUGAAUGGUUGUAACAAAAUUGUUUCUUGGAUAUUUUUCUCUUGUAUGAUAUUAUAUCAUCCUGCCAGUGUGUUUGUGCUACAUUUUCUUGCUUGUGUAGUCAGAUUUUUAUUUCCUUUUUUUUUUCUUCUUUUUUUUGAAAAUGCCUUUUGAAGUGUACAGAGUAUGAGGUUUGGAGUUUGUGGAAUUGAAUUUAGAAACAUUUACAAAAAUAAACUAUUUUACAUGUUA